GUGAAUUGCAAAAAACCACCACAUUUGAAGUUGAAGCAUCCAAUUGCCACCACAUUUCUAGCGCGUCCCAAAAAUCCACCACUUUACUUGUAAAUUUUCUCAAUAAAAACAAAUGACCGGUUUGCCGCAGUUAACCCGAUUUCUGACAGGGCUGGCCCACCCGUCAGGUGCCACGUGGGCGAGGCCAGACGGCGAGUGGGUUGACGGCCGUUACGGCUGUCGGUACAAAACAGAGCCCCCACUCCCCGCCGCUCCACUCCACUCGCUCACUCGCUCACUCUCUCACUCUCACUCCUCUGCUCUGUCCCGUGUCGCCGCCGCCGGAGUUUUUCGCCGCCGCCGGAGGCACGGUUCCCUCCCCGCCGUAGAAGAGCCGUCGUGGAAGGAUGGAGAGGAGAGCAGCGACGAGGAGGAGCUGGUCGGCAUGGAUCUGGAGCAGCACUGGGCGAACCCUGACACCACUAUAGAUCCAUCCUUCUGUGGUAGAGCUGCAGAUGCAAGCAUCACAUGUAGACUGCACUUGGCCCCAUGCAUGAAAUAUGUUGCAUUUGAAGGAAAGGACACUGGGAGGAGGUUCUAUGGAUGUGUUGUUCCUCAGGUCAGUGUUAUCAAACUAGGGUUUGUGUUGGUGGUAGUUAGUUUGCAGAUGUUUGGAAUUGCUGUCAGUAAAUUCAGUUAAUGAAACAUGAUUUGGACUGUCUGCAGAUGCAAGAAUCAAAUUAUGUCAGUAAAUUCAGUUAAUGAAACAUGAUUUGUACUGUUUGUAGAUGGAUUGAUUAAUUUCUGUCAGUAAAUGAAACAUGUUUGCAGAUGCAAGCAUCAAUUUAUGUCAGUAAAUUAAGCAAAUGAAACAUGUUUUGGACUGUUCUAGAGCUGCAGAUGCAAGCAUCAAUU